AUGAAUGCAAGUGCAACAACAAGCUCCGGGGGUUUUUUGGAUUCCGAAACUAUAGGCAGCUUCGCCUAUGGCAUCGGAUUUUCGCUAGGACUUCUCCUCAUCGUCUUCACCAUCACCUGGGCCUCAAAAUACUGCACCCCAAUUCACGCGCCAUCACAUGCACCACCACAAAUAAACGUCCUGCCACUGCCUGACCACCCUGCAGAAGACUAUGUUGUUGAUGUGGGGAUUGAUGAGGCCACCCUUCAAAGUUACCCAAUGCUGCUCUACUCCGAGGUCAGGGUCAAAAAUAAGGACGCCACCACCACCGCCACCUGCUGCUCCAUUUGCUUGGCAGAUUACAAGGGCAGUGAUAUGCUCCGCCUGUUGCCGGACUGCGGCCACCUCUUUCACCUCGAGUGUGUUGAUCCGUGGCUGCGGCGGAACCCUACCUGUCCAGUCUGUAGAACUUCUCCAAUCCCAACACCCCUCUCCACUCCUUUGGCUGAUGUGGUUCCUUUGGCAAGCCAAAGGGUUCAAUAA